UGGCUAUGGGACGUCAUCGACGGGUUUAUCUACCCGUUCCAGGUAUUCUGCUCCUGGCGCUCGAAAGUCAAGUCCAAGACGGACGAUGAGUUCAUGAUGCUCGCGGACGGAAUAGGUAGGAACAAGGAAAACAAAAUUCUAGGCCUGCGGAGGAAGUGCUGCAAUCCAUUUCCCCCUAUACGGCUCUUCUACCGAACCCCUGGGUAUCUUUCUGUCCAUGGACUUCAAUCCGUGUGCAUGUACCUCGGCGACUUUACCCUUAGGCUCAAAGUCAUGGAUGUGGGGGAAUUCCUUUUUGUAACUCAUAUCUCAACUCAUUAUUAUGUCGACUUUUACUAUAUAAUGCUGCGCCGAUACCCUGAAGAUAUUCCGGCCUUCGUCACAGUUCUCGACUUCUUCCGACGUAUGUAACGCAUGCGAAUGCACUGGUUACGAACGGAAAGACCUACGAUCAAAUUGCGCAAGGUGCCGACCGGAUUCUAGCAUUGUAUGCAAUGUGCCAUUCUUUGGUUCUACCGGGAUCACCAUUCACUAGACUGGAUGAUAACAUCACUAACACUGCGAAAGAAAGAUACGGGGAUCAAAUGGGAAGGAUGAGUAGGGGAGGAAGCGAUUCACUUGUAACAUUCGAGGAACUAUUCCU